AUGGCUUCCAACAGGAAUCGCCGUUUGCAGAAGGAGAUUGCCGACAUCCUCAAAGACCCGCAGUCCGGCAUCAGAAUCACAUCUCCGCAAGGCUCAUCUGACAUCACCGACUUUACGCAUUUCAAGGGCCACUUCCGCGGUCCACCAGAUACUCCAUAUGAGGGCGGCAAGUACGAGAUCGACAUCCGGAUAACCAGCGAAUAUCCUUUCAAGCCGCCCGAGAUGCGCUUCAUCACAAGGAUUUGGCACCCAAAUGUCUCUUCCCAGACAGGUGCCAUCUGCCUCGACACGCUGAGCACUGCCUGGAGUCCAGUCCUAACGCUGAAGAGCGCACUAAUCUCGCUCCAAAGCCUCUUGAGUAGUCCUGAACCGAAAGACCCACAAGAUGCUGAAGUCGCUCGCAUGCUUAUUACGCGGCCCGAGGAGUUCAAGCAUGUUGCGCGAGAGUGGGCCAUCAGACACGCUGGAGCGCCGAGACCGCCUCCUGGUAGUGGCAAGGGCGGAGCAAGCAGCUCCAUGGACCAUGAAGAAGCAACUGCCGAGGAGAAGAAGAAAAUGGACGACAAGGAGGCGAAGAAGGCAGAAGAGAAGAGACGGCGAGAGGCCUACAAGGGAUACAACAAGCACAUGAUCGAUCAAUUCGUGCAGAUGGGCUUUGGCGUAGAUCAAGUCGUGUCUGCUUUCGAGUAUGUUGGGAUUGACAAGGCUGGAGGUGAGCAGUACGAGCUUGAGGAGGAGUACAUCGGGGACGUUACCGCGCGGCUCUUCAACGAGGCGUAGACUCCAGGCGAUAAUUCGAUCACGGACCGAGGAAAACCACAACUCCCCACUUUUGAUGAAGAGAGCUCCGACUUGAACUUCUAGCGGCAUUUCAGCGAUCGACUUCUUCUGGGUAUGGGUAUAUGGGCUGCAUUCGAAGGGCGAGGCGCUAGGCUGGCUUUACUGUGGUGAGCGAUGUGUGUUACGUGUGCAGAUAUGAUAUCAAACCAACAAUCACUGUUC